UACCCAUACCCACUCCUCUGCAGAAGUUCUUUUCAUCUUUGGGAACCACACAAAGUUGGAACACUACCUCCGUCCAAAGCUUAGAGAUCCGCUGCCUUUCCCUGUUCGUCAUUUCCUCACCGGCAGAAAACAUGUCAAGGGCUCCCAUAUUUAUUAAAUAUCUUCUAAAGGGAAACCAGGUCUGGAAAAUGCACGUUGGGGUUGUUGAUAUGUGGGUUGUUAUUGAGAAAAAUGGAUCUCAACACCUUGAAGCUGUUAUUCAGGAUGCGAAGGGUGAUAGGAUUCACGUGGUCACCCGGGGAAAAGACUUCCAAGAUUGGGUUGAGGUUGUUAAGGAGCAUGAGACUUACUACCUUUAUAAUGGAGAGCCAGUUGAGAACGAUGGGCCUUUCAAGGUGUGUUCUAACCCACUCAAACUCAUUUUCAAUGGAGGGACUACGAUGACGAAGGUGGCGAUACCUGAAAUUCCUACUCACAGCUACAGUUUUCACCCUAUUGAGGACUUUCUCAAAGGAGACUUCAAACAUGACCACUUAUAUGAUGUUAUUGGCAUAUUACAAGAUGUUUUAAAGACCCAAACGGGAGGUGGUGGUAGGAAAUCUUGCGUCAAUGUAACUAUACGUGAUGUCGAAGGCAGUGUGAUUGAGCUGGUGUUAUGGGGAAAUUACGGCAAACAGUUCAUCAACUACACUACCCCUAACAACUUUGCUGGUCCUACUAUAAUCGUAUUGACACAUGCAUGGUGCAAGCCAAAUACAGGUUUCAUUUUUCUGAUUAUGCUAUGUAUGUUGUUUCAUUUUGAUGCAUUUGUUUUUUGGUCCAAACAGCGGUACAGCGGUACGGUUUGAAACAUUUUACAUACUCUGUUCAUUCAUUAGUUAAAGUUCCAAGCAUUUUCAUAUUUCAAAUACUAAGUUGUAAAUAUUGUAUGAAUCUAAUUCAUUUGGUGACUUUCAAAUUGCUGGCUGGUUUUCUAAUUCAUUUGGGCACUGUCUAAUUCAUUUUUGCUGGUUUUCUAAUUCAUUUUGGCUGGUUUUUUACCAACACAGUCUGUUCAUAGUCUGUUCAUUCAUUACUUAAAGUUCUAGGCAUUUUCAUAUUUCAAAUACUAAGUUCAAUAUCGAAUUAAUCUAAUUCAUUUGGUGACUACCGAAUUGCUGGUUUUCUAAUUCAGUUGGUCACUUUUAAAUUACUUGCCUAGCACAUGAUUACAUGACUAUUUAGUUUUUUUACCAACACAAAAUAUCAUGUUUAUAAACUAGCACUCCAAACGUUUGUUUUCCUUACAAACUCUAUGAUCAACCAUAAUACUUACAUCAACAUUUGAAAAGUGAAAAAGUUUAUAGAUUACACCUAUACAUUUCAGUGUUUGAAUAGCCAAAAUGGUCUUUUCCCUGAAUGAUGCAUUUAUUUUUUGGUUUGUUAUUCUUUACUUUCUACACUAUACAUUUCAGUGUCGGGAUUACCAUGUCUUUCAAACGCAUGGAAUGGUUCUAAACUUUACAUCAACAUGGAACAUCCACAAGUAGAUGAAUGCAAAGCUAGUUUUGGUUCCAACUUACCUGCCCCUUCCCAAUCAUUGACUGUCGAUUCAUCUGUGC